CCUCCUCCUCACAUUCACCUCCUCGCCGUGCUGAACACCGGCCAAUGCUUCACACCACCCCUGCCCUGGGUGUCUGUCCCAUGCGUGGGAAGCACAACAAAGUCAAGGGCUUUACUUGAGAGGGUCCAAAGGAGCGAGAAAAACGUGGGCAAUCCCUUUUACUUUGAAUUUGUAUACUUUUCGGACGAGAGGCUUCGAUUUCAGCGAAAAUCUCCGCUCAUACCGUUUUGUCACGGAGGACAAUAAGACGACCGCUGCGAGAUAUGAACAAGUCGCUAGUGGUCAACGAGUCCUUUGUGACCCCUGUGGCUGGAGAAGCUCUCCCAUGGAUGGAAGCUGAUUCUCCAGAGCGCAACAGCAGCCUGGAGUUCUCCACUGCGCCGUUAGAUUUCCCCAUCAAUCCAUGGGACAUUAUGCUCUGCAUGUCAGGCACUGUCAUCGCCUGUGAAAACGCCAUAGUGGUAGCAAUUAUCUUCUACACACCGACACUAAGAACUCCUAUGUUUGUGCUGAUUGGGAGCCUGGCCACAGCUGACCUGCUGGCCGGCAUGGGAUUAAUCCUGAAUUUUGUGUUUCAGUAUGUGAUAUCCUCUGAGACUAUCAGUCUUAUCACUGUAGGCUUCCUGGUGGCCUCCUUCACUGCGUCCAUCAGUAGCCUUUUGGCCAUAACAGUGGACCGUUACUUCUCCCUCUACAACGCCCUGACAUACUUCUCAGAGAAGACGCUGCAGUAUGUACACCUGAUGCUACUGGGUACCUGGGGGGUGUCUCUGUUUUUGGGCUUGCUGCCAGUUCUCGGCUGGAACUGCCUGGACGAUCCAGCCUCCUGCAGCAUCGUUCGUCCUUUGACCCGGAGCAACGUCACACUCCUGGCCACCUCCUUCUUUGUCAUCUUCGUGCUCAUGCUGACCCUCUACUUUAAGAUUUGCAAGAUCGUUUGCCACCACGCCCACCAGAUCGCCCUCCAGCAGCACUUUUUUGCCACGUCAAAUUAUGUCGCAACUAAGAAGGGGGUCUCCACUUUGGCCAUCAUCUUGGGGACAUUUGGCGCCAGCUGGCUGCCUUUCGCCAUCUACUGCCUUGUAGGUGAGAAGGAGUAUCCAUCAGUGUACACCUAUGCUACACUGCUGCCAGCCACUUACAACUCCAUGAUCAACCCCAUCAUCUACGCCUACAGAAACGCAGAGAUCCAGCGCUCCAUCUAUGUGCUUCUCUGUGGCUGCUUUCAGACCAACAAGGCAUACAGGUCCAGGUCACCAAGUGAAGUCUAAAACGGUGCUAGGGCUCUUUUUGUGUGUGUGAGUGUUAGAAAAAAGACAGAGCAAAAAGACAAACCAUCCUGUCACCAUUGACAAUCUGCUUACAAUUGACAGUGAAUGCUUUUUACGAACACAAAGAGAGUGUUAAGCUAGAAACGUGUCUCUCAUGCAUCCUGUAUCUGCACUUUAUUAUGUCUCAACACAAGUUAGGAUGAGGUUUUGGAAAUGCUGUGAACAAGAAAACUUCUGUGAAAAAGACAAAACAAACCUGAGAAUGUACUUAAAUGAGUAAAAGAAUGGAAAAUCUUGCACUUUAGUAUGUGUUUUUUGAAAUGCCAAAGCAGUAUUAUAUAGCCCUCAUUGUGUUUAAACGUUUGAACUUGUG